AUGAGGCCUCAAUACCCUUCCAGCCUGAGCGUCGAUCGCUUCACCAGUACUAGUGAUCGUCGCCACUCCUCUUCCUCCUCCACCCAACACCAACGACCAGAGAUCAACCAACGUCCCAUCGUAUUAUGGACCCAUGACCCGCCAAACUUGUCUCGUAAUGAGGUCCUCCUCAAUCCCGAGUUUUCGCUUCCUCGUAUGGCUGAGGCCGACCUUCUCCAGCUCACAUUACCCCAAGCCUCGCCGCUGCCUCGCAACAACAUUCCCUUUGGACCCAAGGAUCGCGUUCGCAGCCUUGCCACCAAGGCUACCUUCGUCUUUCGAGCAGCACAGGCGACAGCCGAUGCCGACUUGAUCGCUCGCCAACCUCAGCUUCAAAUCAGUGUUUCCAAGAACAUUGCCAACAACUACGGCUUCUACAACCGUGCCCACGCUAUCCUCACCCGUGUGUCUAAGCAGCACUACACCAUCGAUCAUGUCGAGCUCUACUUCCGAGACCAGUAUGUCGGUCGAGCUGAGAUGUGGAGGGUCUUUCAGAACCUCGAGGAUACCUGCGUCUAUUGCGGUCAGAAGGUGACCCUAGCCGGAAGUGUUCGAGCCACCAUCGGUCGUAUCUUUAUCAAGCAGAGCAAGGUCACCAGUGGCUACGUUUCAGCAUCCACCAAAGCCAUCUUCCGAUCAGAAUCAGCCAAGUACAACCUCUUCAUCCAGCUUGCAAGAGAAAUGUGGCAGUUUGACGAGGAUGGAGAGAUCUACUACGAAAAGGCGCUGCAAGGCUUCAUUCCCGAGCUUCUCCGACGUUGGAGGGCAGUACCCACCAAUCAUAUCCUCACUGUAAUCCUCUUUGCAAGAGUGCACUACGACCAGUCGGAACUGCAUAUGCUCCAAGGUCCAAUACGACAGGACUGCCAAGCGAGGUACUACAUUGACUAUUACAAGGUCGUUGUGGAUCUUGAGUCAAACUGCAAUUGGGAUGCAGUCAUGACAACCCUCAAGGAGGAGUUCUUCCGUUUCCAGCACGACAUUCUCUUGCUCCCAAGGCCCAUCUCAGGUCCUCCUGCCUCGCACGAAGAGCUUCACGCCGAUCUCAUCCGCGAUCGUGUUCACAUGGCAGGGCGACUAUCCUAUUCCUACCAAGGCAAUCUGCUCGAAGCGAUCAACCUUGCCCUCAACCCCUUCGACCAACACUACAUUGACCGAGAUCUCAAUCGCACCGGUCUUUCCAUGGUCUUUGUCACUGCAGGUACAGGUCACUUUGACGUUGACAAGAAGCUCCUCCGUCUCACGACGGAGCGUAUGAUCGAGAACGGAACAGGUCUCGACUUGGUCUGCUUGACCAAGAUGCCGCUUCACUCUGUACCUUUGUUCCACUUCAAGUCGCACUACCCAGAUCCGAGCGAGCUCAAGCAGAGCCAGACUGCCGCCACCAAUCGUCAACGACGUGCUGGUACUGGUGCUGGUGCUGGUGCUGGUGCUGGCCCGGGUAAGACAGUACAUCGACCAGGCCAGCCACCAUUGCUCUCGCGGCACUCUUCCUCACGCAUGGCCACUUCGGCCGCAUCUGUCGCAAAUCCGCCAGAUCCGCUCUACUUUGACUCCAAAAAGCCUGUCGAAGAGGAGCAAGACUUCUACUCAAUGCCACAUUGGAUCGACUGCAGCUUCUACAAUCUGCAGCAGGACAAGCCUUUCCGCGCUGACCGCUUCGUUCCUCGUUGCAAAAUGUACGAAGUUCAGAUGAUGGGCAUCAUGGAGAAUCAGAUCUCUGAUAUUGCCAUACCCUAUCUCGAUCUCAAGCCGGUCAACAAGGCAUCUUCGGUCUCAUCUUGCUACUAUCUGCCACGCUACAUGGGCCCUUCCAGCUCUGGAUUCAUGUCUGAGCCGCGCAACAGCGAGGUCUCGGAUCUUGCACUUGCCGGGCUCUCGCCCAAGCAGCAACGCAGGAUUGCAAGCGAACGCUUCGACCACGAUGUGUUCAGAGACGUUCCUCCGUUGAUCAAAUCUCCAGCUCUGAAGCAGCUAGCGGGCGUUGUGAGCGGCACCACGACCAUCGACAGCCCGGCAGCAAGUGAGAUCCACAAACCAUUCGACAGGCCCGGUCUGCGACGUAACCCGAGCUCAGGCUAUGGUACAGGGCCACACACAAAUGCUAACUCAGCUGCAUCCUCCAUCUCACCAGGGAAAGCUGGGGCAAGCAGACCCGCUGCUCCUACAACGAGAGCCUCGCGACUCGCUAGGGAGACAUCCUUCCGAGAAGAGGAGCCCGACAAGAACUCUUCGGUCCCACCAUCACCCUCAAAAGCACGCUUUACUAAGCUGGAACCCACAACCUCUCGACCACCGCUUACUAGGCCAGUCUCACAGAUCGUCACCUCGUCGAGCUCCAACAUCAGAUCACGGCCUGGAUCGAUUCACUCUGUCAACACCUUUGCGCGUGGACUGAUGCCUUUGGAGCCGAUUGGCAAGGCAAAGGCGCUCGUUGCUCCUACAGAUGCUGUCCUAUCUGCUACUUCGCAUGCUUUUGACGAUAACACAUUUGAAGAAGACGGCGCAAAGAGAAAUGAAGCGGAUGACAGCGUCAGCACGUUAAGCUCAACCACUCAGGCCAAGGCUAAAGGCUACAGCUGGCUGUGGAAGACCCUGACCGGCUCGACGCCGUCAAAGGCCCACAGCACAGAUCGCGAGACUGAAGACGACGCAUACUCUGGAGAUCUCUCAACGCCAGCUACACGCAGUAUGCAGGAGGUCUUGAGCGCACAACUCCGACAGCAAGCCGGUGUGUCAGGCAAAAGUGGUAGUGCAGCACGCAAGCCUCAGCCACCAGGUCGCUUAGUACGCACUGCCUCACUGCUUUCUGUGCACGAAGCGUCCAGUCCUGCUCCGAUCAAGAUUCCUGCACAAUCUACCCCAAGAACGAGACAAGAGCAAGAGGCGGAAGAGAAGGUUCUUCGCGACCAAGAGGCGUAUGAGCAGCAGCUGGAGGAGGAGGAAGCUCUGCAGAGGUAUGCUCAGAGAGCACAAGUCGACAAGCAGACGCUCGUCAAUCCCUCCAAUCCGAGCAAGAAUUUGAGGAACGAUGGCUCGCAGCUACUGAGAUGGCAACAUUUGUUCCCAAGGCGCUUGAAUCACCAUGCAGUCAAGUGGCGAUCUAUGACUACGCCUGCUUGUCUGCCGUUGACGACCCUCUACCUCCCGUCGGAGAGCGAUCUGGUGGCCAUGUGGAGCGAGCAUCCUCACACGACCUCGAUCUCGGCAGAGACAUCUUCGUUCUUGCUGAAGAAGUCGAGCUCGACACAUCCUGCCCUGGCUGUACUGCGAGAGAUGGCAUACCACCGUCUUGCGCAGGGUUAUCAAUUCAUCGUGCCAGCAAGCAAGCAGGCUCGUACGGUCUCGAGUCGCAAGCUUGUCGAUCCGAAGCACUUCACUUUGAGAUGGCCGUCUGAGCUGCUUCAGCCAGGCAACCUUGCGACAGGAAAUCCAAUCUUCCUCAGUGUAACCAACCAGAUCCACCGUAUCUCCUACGACAGGUCCACCUCUGCGAUCAACGUGAAGAGGUACGUUCGCAACACGGAAUAUUCAACCGACCCCAUCGACUACGAUUGUUGUAUCUGGCCACGUCACUUGCCAGGAUACCAGACAGUCAAAGCGCGAUUCAACUAUCCCGACUCGGCGAGCUACAACUGGACCUACCUCGACUCGUUGAUUGCAGGUUAUGUAGACGAGAAGUUCGUCGAGUCGCUGAGGUACUGGCGAACACGAUUCGUGUUAGUGCCUUCGGAAGGGUCGCCACCGCCGAUGAAGGCACCCACGGGUGAGGACUUGGACGAUGAAGAGAUUCGACUCAUCGGUACGGAUAAGCUUGCUGAGCUCUUCCACCGUGCAAGAUUCGUGAGGAGCAAAGAGGAACGUGAUCAGACACACGUACAGCGAUUCUUGCCCACCUCGCUCGACCCAGCCAUGUCACUGCAAGAUGAGGACUUCAUGAAGCAGCUAGCUGAAGAAAACGCCAGGCAGCGCGCACAGUCGGCUUCUUCCAAAAAGCGUCUACAUAAGUCUUUGGCAGGGCGUGCACUCGAAGCUGUGGUCAAGGACAUGCGGUCAGGUGGAUUGGUGAUCAAUGAUAGGAUCUGGCAUAGGAUGUUGUACUCGGACACGUUCACGGGUGCCGAUAUGGUUACGUGGAUGUGUACAGAGUACACGGAUGUGCGGUCGAGGGAGGAAGCGGUAGAUUGGGGUAUCAGGUUGAUGGAAGAUGGCCUGUUUGAGCAUGUGCAUAAGGCGCAUGGCUUUUUGGACGGUCACUACUUCUACAGGCUGCGGAGUGAGUAUGCUGGAUCGAGGGGCGUCAAGGGCGGGUGGUUUAGGGGCACCGAUAGUCGGCGAGGAUCCUUCGCGGAGAAAGAGACACCAAAGAGGCCACUUGUGCACUCUAGCAGUCAGCACUCUAGCAGUCAGCACUCAGGGUUGAGCUCUGGUGAAGGUAGACGUUCAGCUUCUGGUGAGGUUGGCACGGAGAAAGGCGCUCCCUCUACCUCAACUGCAGCUCCACCCUCCCGAUCCUCAACCGGCGGUCACUCACGCAACUCCUCGAUGCACCACGCUCACCCACCCUCGCUCAGCAUGUCCUCCACCACCACCACCAUCCCCAGCACGGCGCCCGCUAAAAAGAAGAAGAAAAUCCAACUCUCCCGAAGCCUAAUCAUCGACGUCGAUCCCGGUCGUCGUUCCGAUCGAGCGGAAGUAGCUUUCCUCCAUCACGACAUGGCUCACAAUCCUGCAAACGGAUUCAAUUUCCAAAUCCACUGGCUCUCCACCACGGCACGAUUUAUCGAAGACACAGUGCAAUCUUGGACGCGAAUCCUGGAACGCUAUGGUCUGCGUCUAAUCGAAGCACCCAUCGGUCAGAUCAAAGAUGUUUCGCUGCACAACCCUUUUCAAGCUGCGGUGCAGAUUGAAGUUGCACUACCGCCUCCAGCACCAGAGAUGUAUGAGAGGAGAUUGCCGAGGGGAACAUUGGCGGAUCUAUGGUUUGAGUAUGCACUACUGAGGAAGUUUGGCUUUGUGUUGGAUCAGGAGGCGACGAGUCGAUAUGGAGGGGUUGCAGUUCAAGUUGGAUAUAGUAGUAGACCGAAUCAGUUUGAGUAUAGUCAAUUUGUUCAUAGGAGUGGAGUUGCCUUCGUACAGGUACUGGGUGGUGUUGAUGGAUUUUUGUGGCUAAACAACAGACUGUUCAAUUCGCAUUUCCAUGCAGGUUCUCAGAGACAACAACAUUCCCGUCCCACUGAAAGGGGUUCAGCUGCACCCACUCAAGGAGGAGAAAAGGGAGAAGUGGUGGAUGGAGAUAAACUUCGUCUGGAGCUGACGAGGUUUUGCUCCAACUGUGAGGAAUUGGCUAGAUUCUACAGAAAAGUACUAGCGCAGCUGCUGCAAGUGGAAAAGGAAGAGAGUGAGAGAGAGGAAUUGGCUAAGGAAUAUGUUGAAAGUUUGUUUCAGGAAGCAAGUGCAGAUCAAGCAGGAGGAAUCGCUGAGAGAGACAAGGGAAAGGGAAAGAGUAGAGAGGUAUGUCAUUAUUCAAAUUGA